AUGGCGAUGCCUCUUCGCCCGCUACACUUCCUGUCUCGCGAGGAUGGCACACUUACAGCUCUUAUUGCGGUUGAUGAACUCCCCCAUUAUGUUUCUAUCCGCGGGGUUCCUCGUACUCUUAACCACAGUGAUACUCAGGGUAUGACCAGCCUUGGAACGGUCAAGUCUCGGGGACAGUUUUACCUUCUCGACAACGCCAUCCAGCACGCUUCCAAGGCUGGAGGAGAAAAGCCAAACAACCCAAAUUAUUCGUUGGUGGCAGGACGUGGACCUGAUGGAUAUGGCCAGUUUGCCAUUGAUCUGCAGAACUCUAUCCUUGACUCGCAAGUGGUUGAGAAUCCAGAAUACACUACUGUUAAUGCGAGUGGUCAGCAGCUUGCCAAAAAUAACUCUGGAAACCGCUCUUCCAAAGGCAACCAAAAUGGAAAUGCAACCAAAAAAGAGUAUUGUUCUUUCUGGCUUCGCCAUGGUGAAUGUGACUACCAGCAGCAGGGUUGCAUUUUCAAACAUGAAAUGCCCACAGACAAGCCGACCCUUGAUAAGCUCGGACUCAGAGCUAUCCCUCGCUGGUACCGCGAGAAGCAUGGGGUGAAGGGUGUUGGUGGUAGCGGUAACGGAAGAACUCGCCACGAAGGAAACGGCCGCUUCUGGCGCGCUGAGAACCAUCAUCAUCCGAUCUCUAGCCACGGAGAUAGGCGUGACAUUCAUGGCAAUCAUCUCGUUACCACUGGCAUCCCGGAGGAGAAAUUUAGGACUACUCCUACACCCUCCCAGCAUGCAUCUGCUCCUGGCAUAUCUCACAGCCACCAAGCAAUCUAUAAUUGUGUGCCGGUCCCUUUACGCCCACUUCAUCAGGGCAUGUCAACUCCAGGAGGAACGAAUACGAAUAUAGCGGCAAGCAACUCUUCUCUUGGAGCUCCCAAAGUUGCCAAUAGGUGCGACCUUAUUUCUAUUGAUGACCUUCGGAAAAGCCCUACUCCAGAGCACAUGGCACAAGCUCGAGCCAAUGCUGGGUUUGGAAAAUUCGUUGGUCAACAUCCCCAUGGUAGGCCUGACUUGAUGGAUUAUCCUUCCGCAAAUGGACCUGGACCAUCAGUUCGAGGCAAUGGCUCCAACGAAUCCAAGGCCCUAGACGCAGGAUCCCACAACGGCGUGAUGCUCCCCCGCAACUACGGUCCUGUCCCUAUGCAGAUGCCAGGUACAAACUCUCUUUGGGCUAUGGGUGAAAAUGAUGGAGAUAGUUGGAACACGAUGCCCUUGACUCCCUUCCAGUCUGCUAUCGGAACCCCAACCAACCAGUCAAAUGGCCAAGGAGCGCAGCUCAAGAAAAAGACUCAGCGAUCUCGUCGACUCUACCAACGCAGACAGUCACUUGAUGGUCUUGACGCCACUGAUGAGGAGAAGAACUUGCGAACCAUGAGUGUAUCUCCCAUCAACACUGGAGUUCCCACCCACGAUUUAAAGGGGGCAGCGCCGGGAGCAAUUUCGCCCUGCCUAUCUCCCCACCCGCCAUCCGGCAGUUAUACUUCUUCCCCUUGCUCUCCCCGUUCAGGCCAUACGGCUAGCCGUCUCUCUGACAAUCUUGACUUCCGCGGGAACGGUAACCACAGGUAUGCAAGCCGCGGCUCACCCAAUUCAACUGAAUCGACAAACACCAACAACAACGGUGGAGCCACCUGCGACUUGUUUGACCUUGGUUUGAACAAUCCGAUUACUUUAGGCGCCAGACAGGCCUAA